AUGUACUCGACACGAUUGGCUCACCUCCUCUUGGUGGCCUUGUCGGUCAUCACCUUUACCCAGGCUGCUUGGCUGGACAGCGCUUUUGGCAUGAUUGGCAGUGCCAAGGUUGAGGUUAUCGCGAGAGACUUGCUUGGCCUGGACGACACAACGUCUUCGUCAUCUUCAGAGAAGACCACCAGCACCAAGACAACCAGCGCCGCUGCUCAGACAACAUCCUCCUCCGCCGCCGAGACUACCACCACCGCUGACGAUACUCCCACAACUACAUCGUCUGCCACCACCGCCCACACAACCCCUACUUCGGCAACCACCACCUCUCAGAACAACCAGGCAACGACCACGGCCGAUGACACCCCGACGUCUACCAGUGAUGGCGGCAGCAGCCCUACUACUACCAGCGCGACUACGACUGACGGUUCGAGCUCCGAGUCUACCACCUCUGCCACACCGUACACCUCUGUCAUUAUUCUAACUGUGACCAACUCCAACGGUGAUGUCGUGACUAGCUCUAGUUCAUCCGUCAUUACUCCCACCGCUAGCAUCUCUCAGUCAUCCAGCGACAACAGCAGCAACGCCAGCAUGAGCAGCUCAACAAGGGCCACCAUUAUUGGUGUCACGGUUGGUGUCGGCGGUGCCAUUAUUCUCGCCGUGGCUGGUGUUCUUUUCUGGCGUCUCCGCCGCAGAAGAUCAGGCGACGACAACGAGGAGUUGGUCAACUACACCACCGGUACCAGCCAGUUCAACAGCGGCCCGGAGAAGAGCGAAGCUAGUGGCAGCAUGACCGGCCGCAGCCCCUUCCAGAGCACGCUCGAGUCGUACCACGCCCCGACCCAAAGCAACACUGGAACCAACUUCUAA